AUGGCGGACGUUAACAAGCCGGUUGACUCCGGCUCAGGGAAGCCCAAGAACAACACAGAGUACAUCGAAGACGUCGAGCAUGUCACUAAAGACCCUAGAGUGGAAGCCGCGAGCUAUGGGCGGAAUCUCAAUGCGAGAAUCUACAACCCCUUGGCCGGCAUUUCCAAGACACAGUUGUUCAUAAAUGUCACUCAUUUUUGUGAAGCAUAUGGCCUAGAAGACAAGAUCGACACCUUCAAGAAAGCUGCUCUGCUGGCGCAAAGCCCGCUCAACUUCGAGUCAAUUGAUGAGCUUGACGAGGACGACAAGUACCACCUCCGGAGGGAGACGACGCACCGUUGGCAUCUCCCCAAAGCUUUAUAUUACAGUAUCGCCCUCUGCUCGCUUGGCUCUGCAAUCCAAGGCUGGGAUAACACCGGGGCAAAUGGUGCCAAUUUGUCUUUUCCCCAAGAGUUCGGCAUUGAGAAUAAUACGUGGUUGGUUGGCGUCAUCAACUCUGGACCAACUCUGUUCGGCCUUUUGAGUGCAUGGGCUGCUGACCCCCUGAAUAACUGGCUUGGCCGACGCGGCACCAUUUUCCUCACAGGCUUAUUCUGUGUUUUUCCUGUCCUUGCUCAAGCAUUUACUCAAAAUUGGUGGGGACUCUUACUGUGUCGUCUGUUCAUGGGACUAGGAAUGGGUGUUAAAAUAUCAACUAUCCCUGUCUUCAGUGCCGAAGUUAGUCCAGCAACUAUCCGCGGAGGGAUUGUGACCAGUUUUCAGCUGUGGGUUUCUUUCGGCAUGUUUGUUGGCUACUGCACAAACCUGAUAUUCUUUCGCAUCGGCCGUCUAGCCUGGCGAUUCCAACUCGCUGCAGCCUUUGUUCCCGCAAUCCCGGUUCUUAUUUUUGUCUGGUUCUGCCCUGAAUCACCCCGUUGGCUUAUGAAAAAAGGCCGCUAUCGCGAAGCAUUUGAAUCUUUUUGCAGAAUCCGUAAUACUGAACUUAUUGCUGCUCGUGAAUUGUACUACGCCUACUGUCAAGUCAUCGAAGAGCACAAUGCAUUUGAAGGCAAAGCACUCAGCACCCGUGCUCUCGAGAUCAUAUCGGUCCCACGCCUGCGACGCGCCAUGAUCUCCAGUGCCAUCAUUGUCAUUGCCCAACAAUUCUCUGGCAUCAACAUCAUGGCCUUUUACUCUUCAACCAUAUUUGCCGAUGCCGGUUACUCGGUAAAGGUCUCUCUGCUAGCCUCCAUGGGCUAUGGAAUAGUCCUGUUCGUGUUUGCUUUCCCUGCUGUGUGGACAAUGGAUACCUUUGGUAGACGAAAUCUGCUACUCUUCACAUUUCCAAACAUGGCCUGGUGUUUACUUGCUGCUGGCUUGAGCUUUCUUCUGCCUUUUGGCUCGAGUGCCAGAGUGCCGCUGAUUGCGCUUUUCAUCUACUUAUUUACGGCUUUCUAUGGGCCAGGAAUUGGGCCUAUUCCGUCGAUUUAUUUCAGUGAAGCGUUCCCGUUGUCUCACCGUGAACUAGGUGCAGCUUUUACGAUCUGUAUAAACAACUCGGUUGGAAGCGCCCUCAGUUUGACGUUUCCCUCGUUGCUCGCGUCCUUUGGACCGACAGGCGCUUUUGGCUUUUACGCCGGCCUCAAUAUGGUUGCUUUCUUUUUCAUCUUCUUUAUUGUUCCAGAGACCAAACAACGCACCCUCGAGGAGCUCGAUUUCGUCUUUGGUGUACCCACGACACGGCAUGUUCAAUAUCAAGUCGGCACAUGGUUGCCAUACGUCAUCAAACGCAACUUGCUCUGGCAAAGAAAUGCAAAGUUGGCCCCGCUAUAUCACAUGGAAGACGACUGA